AUGGCUUCCAGUGGAAAGCUUGAAGUAGACGUUGAGAUCAAGUCUGGUGCACAAAAGUUCUGGGAUAACAUUAGAGACUCCACAAAUCUCUUCCCUAAGGCCUUCCCUGACCAAUACAAGAGCAUUGAAAUACUUGAAGGCGAUGGCAAGGCAGCUGGUUCCGUUCGCCUCUUCACAUAUGCUGAAGGUUCUCCUCUUGUGAAGCUGUCGAAAGAGAGGAUUGAUAGUGUAGACGAAGCAAAGAAGGAGGUUUCCUACAGUGUGAUCGAGGGCGAUCUUCUAAAAUACUACAAGAGUUUCAAGGCAACGAUAGUUGUGAAUCCAAAGGGAGAUGGGAGCUUGGUGAAAUGGAUGUGUGAGUUUGAAAAGGCAAGCGAAGACGUUGAAGUCCCACACAUCAUUAAGGAUUUUGUUGUUAAGAACUUUCUGGAGGUGGAUGAACUGAUUCUCAAGGAUUAG